AUGUUUUUCCUUGGAAUAGCCGACGAAUUCAUUAAGACAUUCGUUAGGGUUCACACAAACGACGUAAUGGGUGAAGCAGAUAUUGCCGUGAUUGGGUUGGCUGUGAUGGGCCAGAACCUGAUUCUGAACAUGAAUGACCACGGCUUUACCGUUUGUGCGUUCAAUAGGACUGUCUCGAAAGUUGACGAUUUUCUCAAAAACGAGGCCAAGGGUACAAAGAUUAUUGGAGCUCAUUCUAUGGAAGAAAUGUGCAAUUUUGAUGAGAAUGUUCAUAUCAGAAAACUGAAACGACCGCGUCGGGUUAUGAUGCUGGUAAAAGCUGGAGCUCCAGUCGAUUCAAUGAUUGCCAAUGUUGUUCCUUCAUUUGGAAGCUGGCGAUAUUAUCAUCGAUGGUGGAAAUUCGGAAUAUUCGGAUACCAACGUUAG